UCAUUGAGUUAUUUGAGGGGCAGCUUGAUCAAAAAAAUUCAUUUACUCUUCAAAAUGGGUUAUCUUGACUGAUGCUCACCAUGGCCGAUAAAGAAGCAACUGUUUACAUUGUCGAUGUUGGGGCCUCCAUGGGCGAGCGCCACCAUGGCCGCUCCGAGACGGAUCUUGAUUGGGCGCUGCGCUACGUCUGGGACAAGAUCACGAGUACAGUUGCAACGGGCCGGAAAACGGCUACGCUGGGCGUGGUUGGCCUCAGAACGGAUGACACAACAAAUGAACUGGAUUCUGAAGAGGGAUAUGCUCAUAUCUCUGUGAUUCAGCCAAUCAGCCAGAUAUUAAUGCCAGAUUUGAGAUCCUUACGGAGUGCUCUUGUUCCGAGCAGUACUAAUUCCGGAGAUGCCAUUUCUGCUUUGGUGAUUGCGAUUCAGAUGAUUAGCACGUAUUGCAAAAAGUUAAAAUAUCGGCGGAAAAUUAUCCUUCUCACAGAUGCUCGUGGAUCCAUGGAGACUGAGGACAUCGAUGAAAUUACGAAGAAGAUAAACGAAGAUAAUAUUGAGCUUGUGAUUCUCGGUGUUGACUUUGAUGAUCCAGAAUACGGCGUCAAAGAAGAGGACAAAGACCCCAGAAAGGCUCAAAAUGAAGAAACUCUCAAGUCUCUGACUGAAACGUGCGAUGGCGUGUUUGGCACACUUCAGCAGGCAGUCGACGAACUGGGCAUUCCCCGCAUCAAGUCUGUUCGACCAGUCCCGUCCUACAAGGGGCAAUUGACAUUAGGAGACCCAGAAAAAUACGAUUCAGCAAUGAGCAUAGACGUAGAGCGUUACCCGCGAACAAUGGUUGCCAAGCCACCCAGCGCGAGCCAAUUUGUUACAGCCUCAAAUCCAGCUGAUGGGGACGCAAGCAUACAAUCGUCGGCGACGAUGGCUGGCAGCUCAGAUCUUGGCCCGUCUGCUGGUCAAGCGGCUUUGACUAGUGUUAGAAAUGCUCGUACCUAUCAGAUCGAGGACUCUGAAGCGCCAGGCGGCAAACGUGAUGUCGACCGGGAUGACUUGGCCAAGGGCUACGAGUAUGGCAGAACAGCAGUCCAUAUCAGCGAGACUGAUGAAAACAUUACAAAACUGGAAACAAUGGCAAGCUUUGAUAUCAUCGGAUUUGUGCCAAAGGAUAAGUACGAACGAUAUAUGCACAUGUCAACAACAUGCAUUGUCAUUGCGCAGAGAACAAAUGAUAAAGCCCAAAUGGCCUUGUCAUCGCUCAUACAUGCAUUAUGGGAGCUCGAAUCCUAUGCCGUGGCGAGGCUGGUCACAAAGGACGACAAAUCGCCCCUGAUUGUCCUUUUGGCUCCAUCGAUCGAGGCGGACUACGAGUGUCUGCUAGAUGUCCAGCUUCCCUUUGCAGAAGAUGUCCGAAGCUAUCGGUUUCCACCGCUCGACCGAGUACAAACAGUAUCUGGAAAAGUUCUUACCGAGCACCGUAACAUUCCCACUCGCGAGCUCCAGGAUGCCAUGGACACUUAUGUCGACAGCAUGGACCUCUCCACCUUUGGCCGAGAUGACGAGGGAAACCCAGCAGAGUUUAUGCCAAUCGAAGACACCUUCUCCCCCGUUUUACAUCGCAUCGACCAAUGCGUUCGCUGGAGAGCCGUUCACCCAGCUGAACCCAUCCCACCGCCCUACGAGAUUCUCACUCGGUUUUCCAGACCUCCCGAUGACCUUGUCGAACAGGCCAGUGACCCUCUGCGAGACUUGAUCAAGAUUGCAGAUGUCAAGAAGGUCUCACCGCGACAAAAAGGCCGCAAACGCGCACGAGACCGCACCAAACCCUUAUCGGGCCUAGACGUCGACGAGCUUCUGGGCCGCGAAAAGCGCACCAAGAUCUCGCCCGAGAAUGCCGUUCCCGAAUUCAAGCAAAUGCUCGAAACUACAGAGGACCUAGGCGCCAUUCAAGACGCGUCAAAGCAAAUGAGCGUCAUCAUUGAAAACCUGAUACGCCAUAGUGUGGGCGAUAGCGGCUACGGGCGGGCGAUUGAAGCGCUGAAUGCCAUGCGCGAAGAGCUGACCGCGCUGGAAGAACCCACGCUGUAUAAUGACUUUGUGCGCAGUCUCAAGAAUAAGCUGCUCAAGGGAGACCUUGGCGGAGAUAGACGAGACAUGUGGUGGGAGAUUCGCAGGAAUAGGGUCGGCCUUGUUGAUAAGAAGCUGUCGUCAAGGUCGGAGGUCUCGGAGGAGGAAGCUGCUCAGUUUUAUACCUCGAGAUAACCCCCAGGCUUUAACCAUGAUAUCGAACAAAAACUUAAUCUCAAGAUGUCGGUAACAUGUCCAUCCGUGCUUCAAUACCCUACCACCACUCCUCCAUCAUGACCCACACGCUUAACAAUCCCUACGCAGCUUCAUAUUUUCCCAACCUGAGCCGUGACCAUGAGCGUGAGCAAUAUCAGCGCAUUUCAGUUACAUCUAAAGGAAUGAUUUAAAAAGUCUUUCAUUCAUUCGGAGAGCUCGAUUAGCAUUAGCAAGUAAUAUCCACUCCUACAAAUCGAUACGAUCUGUCGGAG